GAUUCAACUGUGUCUCAGGUAGCAGGUUGUACGUAGUUUGUAUUGAGUGCACCUUGUUUAUAAGUGACAUGAAUUACUUCAGAGACGAGGAGGGAUAAUUUUCAAUGAUGAAUGUUAAGCAUUUAUUAACGGGCAACAUGUUUGGAAAUGAAUUGGUAUUUAUUUCCCUUACAUGCAUUUGCUGAUCAUUUAAUAACGUUCAUAUGGGGUUUAAAGUGAUCGCACUUUGCAGAAUGAAAUCGGUUAAUUUUUUAACCUGAAUUUUCGAUUGAAACGCUUCCCAUUAAUUUAGAUCACGGUUGCAUGGCAAAUCUACCGCCGGCCUGUAAGUAAACUUAUUCGUUCUUCAUUACAUUGACACAGAAAUCGAUUUUAAAAAAAGAUAAGAAAUAUAAAGGAUAUGAACAUAAUUUUGUUAUAAUUUAUUAGCAUUUCAUGGUGUGAAUUAAGCCAACACUUAGUGGAUGCUUCGAUUAGCAUUUAAAUUUGCAGUCAUCUCGACUAAGUCUUGCCACUGGUUCAAAUAGGAAAGGGUACGGCUGAGGGAGUGAGUCUGAAGAGGCGAGAAAUUCUCCCUCGCCUAUGAAGGCUACCACUCACAAUUUAGCCUUGGCCAUCACUGCACGCGGAGGGCGAACAUAUGCCCCCUGGGGAUGCCUACUCUCAUAGGUCCUGCGAUCAGCCCUUAAAAUUAUUUAGAUGCAUUACCCUUUAUUUGGGAAUACCCCCUUUCAUUAUAAAACCAAUAGGGUCCUCAAACUAUUGCAGGCCUAUGGGUACCCGGCGAGCAGCGAAAAAUAUGGAACCGGACUUUGACAAUCCGUUUAGUCAAAAUCAGGCCCACACUACUCAUUGUCAUAUUGAUAGCUUUAUGCGGAUUAAACAUAUUCUUCAUUUAAACAUUUUAUUUUAUAAUUCGUAUGAGACGUAUGCAGUGUGCAUAGGAAUUCAUAUGUAUAUUUUUAUAACUAAAGUGCGGCCCUCAACAAUAUCUGAUGGUCAGAAAAACGGCCCCAUGAUUCACAAGUUUGAGGUCACUCGUAACCGCAGCCUUGGAACUUCCAAGAAUUGUAAAAUUCCCAUUUUCAGUUUUGCAUUACUUGCCCAGACGCUGGUCGGGAAAAGUUGUAGUUGUAUUGUAUAUUGAGAUUGUCAUAUAGCUGCCCUAGCUCUAUCGUUUAACUCUGUAAACUAUAGAUAUUGAAAGUGGAACUUUUUUUGAGGUAUGAAUACAUUAAUUCUAUUAACAUUGUAUAUGUAUUUCCCCAUUCUCUUUUUUUUUGUUGUCUUUCUUUCUUUCUUUCUUUCAGUUCUUUCUUUCUUUCUUUCUUUCUUUCUUUCUUUCUUUGUUUCUUUCUUUCUUUCUUUCUUUCUUUCUUUCUUUCUUUCUUUCUUUCUUUCUUUCUUUCUUUCUUUCUUUCUUUCUUUCUUUCUUUCUUUCUUUCUUUCUUUCUUUCUUUCGUUUUUCUUUCUUUCUUUCUUUUUUUCUUUCUUUCGUCCUUUCAUUCUUUUCUUUCUUUCUUCCGUUUUGUUUGUUUGCAUACUCUCAGGAUUUAAUCUCCCUCGUGUUUCUUAGUUACAACUGCUUAAUCAUCUUCGCAAUCUUCCCCAUUACUAUUCCUUAACUUCAGUUAUCAUUACUAUUAGUAUUAGUAUGUUAUCAUUAAGCUUAUUAACUCAAAUGGAAAAUAGGUGUCUAGCUAUAAAUUGUUUCAAUGUGGAUAAAUAAACAUGAAAAAUGUAAAUUUGAAACCGGUAUGAUAUAUGUUACUUGUGAGUGUAACGCCUGUUAGUGUAACACGUUUUGGUGUAACGCCUGUUAGUGUAACACGUUUUGGUGUAACGCCUGAGUGCAGACGAAGCGUGUGUCACACGCCCAAUAUCGAUUGCAUCCCUAGAAUUGGUUGAUUGACUGAAUAUUGAUUAUAAACUGAAAUGCAACAGCUACUUAUGAUAAGAUUGUGCUAUUUUUAGAAAGUAACCGAAAUUUGUUUAAUUUAAAUCCAAUUUUUUUUAUAAAAACCGCACGUUUUUGUGACGGGCAACAGCUAACUUAAGUAAUUUUUUCUUUGAAUUCUCAAAAUGUAUAUUUAAUAAAGCUAAGGCGUAUAGAAAUUCAAUUUCGGGAAGUAAUUUUCGCAAACCUAUGUAGACUUGGGAUGAUUGCAUGUGAAGUUGCAGGAAGUCACUUAGCUUUAUAUCAUUAUUUUUAAUAUCUACCUUUGUUUUUGCAAAUAGGUCACAAAAAUGUCAAAACUAUUGAUAGCAGUGAUGAUUGGGGCAAUUGCCAUUGCCGUGAGCAUGUUUUUACAUUUCAAGACAAUGGAAGAGAUUCAAGUAAAAGGACCCCUCGACCUACUUCUUAUCGGGAAAACGGGGAAUGGGAAAAGCGCCACUGGAAACACAAUUUUGGGUAGAAAUGUGUUCAAAGCAUCACCGAGCUAUAAUUCAGUCACGAAAGCAGUUCAAUUUGAAUAUUCUGAAUAUAACGGUCGUACCAUCAAAGUCGUUGACAGUCCAGGUUUUGCAGAUACUGACUUAAAUAAAGAGAAUGCUCUUUUACUGACUCUGGAAGCUAUGAGCUAUGCGAUAGCUACUAACCCCAUGGGAUACCACGCAUUUUUAUUAGUUGUUAAAUAUGGGGUACGCUUCACAGAAGAAGAUAAACAAGUCAUCGAUGUCAUGAAAAAUGUGUUCGGUGAGGAAUUUUUACACGAUUUUACAAUUUUGAUUGUAACAAACGGAGAUCUCUAUGAUCCUGAAGAAACUAGAAUGAGUUCCUUCCCAGAAUGGAUCAGUCAGCAGGAAGGACCCAUUAAAAAUCUAGUAGAAGAGUGUCGUCAUAGAGUUAUAUUGUUAGACAACAAAAGCAAAGAUACGUAUAAGAAAAAACUACAGCUUGAACAGCUGAUUGGCAUGAUCGAUCAGCUCAGCACAGAGGGCCUCAGGUACACUAAUGACAAUUUCAAGAAAGCUCAGCAUCAACGUGAAAAGUUGAUUGUGGAGUCAAAACUCCCAAUCAUCCAGGAGGAGAGCAUGAAAGAGGCCAGUCUGAUUAUACAAAAACUUGAAUCAAUUCAAUUGAAAGAACCGGAAAAAGAAAUGGACAUUUUAGAAGGGCUUAAAGAUAGGGCUUCACUCUUGUUAAAGAAUGUCGAGGAACAAGAUAACGGAACAAACAGUCUAAUUUCAGUCAUCAAAAGUUGUGACAGUAUUGUAAACAAUGUAGAAGAUCAAAUUUCUGUAGUGAGAAACGUCAUGGCGUUGAGAGCUGAAAUUCCAGAACAAGUAACAAAGAUAGAUCCACAAACUAAUGCGGGACCUGAACAAACAUUCGAUGAUAUGGAAAAUAAAAUAGAAAAUAUGGCUAAUGAUCUGAAGAAGAAGACGGAGAAAGUUCAAGAAGAUUACAACGACGCCAAGGAGAAGACAUCAGAUUUCGCGGACCUCAUAGCAUUAUUUAUAAUGGAAUUUUUAAAAAAGUGGUUAAAAUCAAAUUUUGGUGUGUAGUUAAAUUAAUUUUUCUGCAGUAAUUAGAAGUCCAAACACUAUGAACACAAAACUAGUAAUUAAUCUUUACAGUGGCUUUUUGAAAGGUGUUGACUGUUAAAUAAUUAAAUUCUCAAAAAAAAAAAUUAAUAAAAUAAUAAUUUGUGAACAACUUUCGCUUCCCGACGUAUAAAUUCAUGAUUUAGAAUCCCCAAAUUAUUGACGUCUUGAAAAAGAUUGUUUUGAGUUUAUGAUUUUUAAGUAGUAACUUUCAACUGAAAUUAAAGCCAUAGGUACUAUUUAAACCUGACAGAAUUAUAAAUAAUUACUUUCUUAUUUUUUAACGAAGAUUCUGACUAAAAGACUGAGGAUUGGGGCCUAUUCGACUAUUAAUUCCUUUUGCAUUUUUUUUUAAAUAGCUAAUUUUUCAUGAUUAUUUUAUUUCAUGAACCUUCCCCAUUAAGAAAAAAAAAUAGAGUUCGUAGCUUUAUCUUACAAACCAAAUCAAAUUAGAAGUUUAUAUUCCCCAAUUUUGUAUUUGAAUGAACCUUGGCAAAGUCGUGAAAUUUAUAAAAGCGAAAUCAUGAGUCUUUUAAAGGUUUGUGUGUGUUCAUAUUACAUUACAAAGGAAAAAUGAAUUAAUAAAAGUAUCAAGCUAAGAAGCAGAUUUUCAACAAAUCUUUGUAAAUGCAACUAUUGUCUUAAGAAUGAACACAUAAAAAGUCUUAACUAAUUUCAUUUAAAAAAAUUACAAUGAAAACCAGCAUAAAAAAAUGUUGGUUUAUUUAUUCCUUUAAAUAAUAAAUUAACGCACAUGCUGUUUAAAAAAAAAAAUUGAACGAAAUUUCAAUUCAAAAGGAUAGCAAGUUUAUGAUUCUGUUAUUGAAAAUAUCACGAGAAGACCUGCAUCUUAAUUUAAUAUAACAAAUAAGGAAAGCGCUACAAGUGCAGUGUCAUAAUCCAUGUGAUGUGCUAAUUUUGUUUAAACGUAUAUCUGUAGCAUCCAACACUUAUCUCAUCCCCCUUUAUUUUUGUUUUGAUAUUGGCGUCCUCGAUGAAAUGUGUAGCGCUCUUCCACUACUCACCCCUCCCUUGAUUGGUAAAUUUUGUUAUCGUUCGAAUUUAUUUAAAUGGAGGGUAGAUCCUAAAUGGAAGGUAGAUUCUAAAUGGAAGGUAGAUUCUAAAUCGAAGGUAGAUACUAAAUGGGAGGUUGAUUCUAAAUGGACGGUCAAAGAAUAAGCUUGGAUGAAAAAAAAAACAACAACAUUUUCUGGAAGGUUCCAACUUACUCCCUAUAAGUAUGCUGGCAGAUUUCCCAGCAGGAAGAGAUUGGCUAGAUAUCCUAAACACGCAAAAUUUACCAUACUUACCAGAUUUUUUCAUUAUGUUUGUCUGGUUUAAAAUUCUUGUAUUAUAAUUUUUCACCUGCUGUGCUGUAAGUUAAUAUAAUUUUCG